UGCAUCUCAGCCGCACGAUUGCGAAUUACACAUAUACAAUUCAUGUUUGCUAGCCCGUUCUAUUCUCUCAUUUCUCGAACACGCCUAUCUCAUAACUCUGUUUUCCAUCUCACUGGGGAAACCAUCUCGCUCGAUUCACAGUUUUUAUCUCAAUUUGGACUUCAUUUACUCAAAUUCUCACAUCCCUCCAUCAGAAAUCAUUCGAGUUCAUCCGCGGAAUCAUCUCUGUUCAGAAGUCAAACUUUUUCUUUUCUACAUGUUCGGAAUUUAUUAGUCCAGACGCCUUUGAGUUCAACUACAGAAGCCAAUCAUCCCUUCUGAGUUGUACAGGGAAAUUCGGGAAUCUCAGCUCGUAGGGAUGUCCGGAUACUCAAAAGAGGGCCUCCCUAUCAUUGCUGUUGGUCUGGGGCUAAGCACAUUUGACAAAGCAUCGGUUCACUACUAUGUUCAAUCACAUAUCCAAAUGAAUGAAUACCGAGACCGGGUCAUAUUGCCUUCUGCUACCAAAAAAUUUGGGCGCCAUAUAGGUACAUGUAUAAAGAUAUUGGACAUGACUGGUCUUAAGCUUUCUGCUCUAAAUCAUAUUAAGCUACUAACUGUUAUAUCUACCAUCGAUGAUCUUAAUUAUCCCGAGAAGACUGAGACAUAUUACAUUGUUAAUGCACCAUAUAUAUUUUCAGCUUGCUGGAAGGUUGUGCGUCCUCUUUUGCAAGAAAGAACUAGAAAGAAAGUUCAAGUCUUGUCUGGGUCAGGAAGAGAUGACCUGUUGAAAAUAAUGGAUUAUUCAUCAAUCCCUCAUUUCUGCAAAAGAGAGGGCUCCGGGUCUUCGAAGCAUUCUAGGAAUGGUACAGUUGAUAAUUGUUUUUCCCUGGAUCAUGACUUUCACAAGCAGCUAUACGAUUAUGUUAAACAGCAAGCAGAGCAUUUAGCGCCUGAUGCACUAAAGAAAGAAGGGUCCUUUCAUGUGGACAUCCCCGAACCAGACUCUCACGACACAAAGAUAGCUGAAACUUUGGAAUCAGAAUUUCAAAGACUGGGAGAAAAUGGCAUUUCCAAGUCAGCUCCAUGAACAAAACCUGGGUCUGCACUAUUGGCUAGUCGGGUAUCUGUUCAGAUGAGAGAAUGUUACUACGCUUAGGCAUAAAAUAUCUUAGUAGUUCUACCGACUGGCUGGCUGGCAUCUUCUCGAUGCCGGCUGAAGUCUGGGUGGACAAUCAAGUGAAUAAUAAAUCAUAUUGCCUGAAUAUGCGAGAGCCUAUGGUUGCUCAUCAACAGUUGCUACUGCUUUACUAGUUAAUUAAUGCUUGUUUAUGAAAUGCAUAAAGACAUUCAUAACAUUAAUCACGUUAGGACACCAAUGAAUAUAAAAG